AUGGCUCUUGCACGCCCUUCACUGGCACACCGCAUUGCGUAUAUCCCUGUGGCGAGCUGCUCGCGUUUCUUGGCCACGGAUGCAAAGCCCAGUAACGACAAGGAGGCUCAGCUCGCGCGCGAACAAGCGGAGCUUCUCCAGCGUCUGCGCGAGGGCAUGAAACAGAGCGAGGCGAGCCGCCAGCAAACCUCGCUUGGCCUCGCAGGCACCGCACUGGCUGAAGGUGCGGCUGGCACGCGCUCUUCGCGCUUCGACCGGUGGGUCGGCGAAGGAAAGAAGUGGGACCAGCUCAAAGGCGAGCAAAAAGUCGCCCGCGCCACGGUGAACACGUCGCGUUUCUUCUUUAUUGGUAUCGGCGCGGCGCUGACCGGUGUCAUUGUCUACGCCCUGGCCAGCGAGCUCUUUGCCAAAAACAGCCCUACGGUGAUUUACGACGAGGCGUGCAAGUACAUCGAGAAGAACCCCAAGGUGCACGCCUACCUCUUGAGGCCGUACAACUUCCAAACGUCGCUGACCGAAUUCAGCGACUACUCGCCCCUAAACCCCCCAUCGCACCCCUCGCGCCCGUCGCAGACGGUGGCUUCGAUGCACACGAUCAACCCCCGGACCGGCCAGGACACGCUCUACCUGCACUUCUUUGUGGAAGGCCGUGACAAGGACAAAGCGCUGAGCUACUGGCAGAUUGUGCGUAGCGGCACGAUUGACGGUGCGCACUGGCUCAAGGAGCGUGCGCUCGACGGCGUCGAUGCUGCGAAGAAAUGGUGGGAGGAGCAGCAACAGGCGUCCGAGGAGGCGCCUGUGCCCGCCCCCGCUGCCGCCCCCGUGGCGCCUACGAAGCCAUGGUGGAUCACGCGCAAGCUGCGCAACACGGUGCACAGCGUCGGCGAGCUCGUCGGUAGCUCGAAGGAUGCGCUGGGCAUGCGUGCCGUCGACCUCAGCUCUGGCUUCCGCUCCGAGCCCGGCACGUGGACCGAAGGCGAAGUGCACAUUGAGCUGGUCAAGGACGAAAAAGGCGUCUACCAAUACAAGCGCUUCUACAUCGACGUGCCUUCGACCGCCUCGCCCCUGCACCGCCGCGUGUACCUCGACCAAAAGUCGGGCGAUCUCCCCCUUCGGUAA